UAAAAAUGGCAGCGCCCAUUGCUUAAAAGUUAUAUGUUAAGAUGUUUAACAACUUAAAACAGCAAUAACGAAUAAUACAAUAUUUUAAACAAAGUUAUCAGAAGGGGGAAUUUUUUGGUCCGGAAAGGGGAAAAAACCAGCCUAGUUUGGUGGGAGAAGACGCCGAUAUUAGGCGUCUGUUAUAUAAGUGCAACCAUGUCAAGUUCCAUCAUUCACAAGACCAUAUUUGUGCUGGACCAUAGCCCCGACUUCCUCAAGUCCUGCAAUCAAAGCACCGACUAUGACAUCCUGGCCAAGGGGAAGGCAUCGGGCAUCAUUCCCGCGGCUCCCAUAUUCAAGUCACUGUGGACGUGCUCUGUGGAGGCCGUUAUGGAGUACAUCAGGAUUGUCUAUGAUAUAUUUCCCACAAAUAAGCUGAUAUCUGUGGUGACUGGUUCUCAGGCAUUGAAUGAAUGGAGUGAUGAACAAAACAUGGUCCAGAUAAUGAAUAGGUUGGCAGAGAUUGGUCCCCCCACUAGCUCUGAUGAAUACAACCUAGUGAAUGGACUUACCCAGGCCGUGGAAGAACUGUGUAAGCCGACACCCCUGCAGAAGAAAAUGAUGUCUUCAGGUGAUGCUGAAUCAGUGGGAAACAAAGGGAGAAUAAUCUGCCUAGCUUAUGCUAAAAGUGAUGGGCACAUGCGAAUGCUAGAGGAGUGUGUAAGCGGUGCCAUAGAACAGCACAACAAUCUCGCGGCAGAAACAGAAAAUUUGCUGCCAAUAAAUUUCUGUGAACUGGAUCUGAUGCAUGUCGUCCCUGUGGAUGAGGUGCCCACUAUCUCCCCCAGGGUGGGGCACGAGAUCUCCCCCAUCCUCUCUUGCACAGUGCACGUGAGUGAGUCAGGCAGGGAGCAGUACAACCGGCUCAUACAGAUGGCGUAUAACCACUACCGCCUCGCCUCCACAACAGUCACUGGCAUACCCAUGAAGGAAGAGCAAAAUGCAAGCUCCUCAGCUAACUAUGAUGUGGAAUUACUACAUCCUGCAGAAGCCCAUGAUGAAAUUCUCAAAUCUGAUUUCAACAAGAUCGGCUCCAAUUUUCUUUCAGGAUCUGUGGAGGGUCUUAUGAUAGAUUCGAAAGAGGGUCUACCAAUAAGUACUAUCACUUUGAAGUGGUGCACACCAAAGUCUAGUGUCCAAGACCUUCCGGCGUGCACAGGGGCCUACAGAAUAACUCCAGUAGACGUAAACAGUCGACCCUCGUCCUGCCUAACGAACUUCUUGCUGAGUGGAAGGGCAGUAAUGCUGGAGCAGCCCAGGAAGACGGGUGUUAAGGUCGUCUCCCACAUGCUUACCAGCCACGGUGGGGAGAUCUUCAUCCACAGCAUACCCACGGGCCGCUCCAUCCUUGAGGACCCGCCUUCCAUCAGCGAGGGACCCGGCGGUCGUGUCACAGACUACAGGAUACCCGAUUUCCGAGAGUUCAUGAAGGAGAACAGACUGGCCCCAGUGUCCCCAGCUGUGGCCAAAAUCUCAACGCAGCUCCCGAUACAGAGAGCCCUGCACCACGUAGAAAGAACCAGCAGGUUCUGGCCUAUGGUGAUCAGUGACUCCAUCAUAUUCAACAUGGCAUCGCACAUAGACCCUCUACCCAGCAUGCUAGUGAAGGAGCGACUGUCAGAUGAUGAUGAACUGGAAUGUCGCAAGGCCAUCUUCCAUGUGGUUGGCAUGGAAACAAGGAACGAGCCACUCCCUGUAAACCUCACGGGCACCAGGAUCAAGGGAAAUAAAAGGGAGCAGCAGUACUCCCAGAUGUGGUCGGAGCUCGAGACUCUGGUGCGCGCGCACGCCAACACCUCAGAGGCUCACAAGCGCGUGCUCGAGUGUCUGCUGGAGUGCAAGAAGCCAUCAGACGACAGAAGGAAACUGGACAAAACCGGUUCUGGGAAAGAGGAUCUCAGCGAGGUCGAGAGUGCGUGGAAGGACCUUGAUAAAUAUCAGAAGAUGACGGAUCAUGAGAAGAGGGAGUUCAACAAAGUGGAGGCAGCCCCAGAGGACACAGGUCCCCUCGUGAAACGUCUCCGCUCUGGAUUCACUGAACCCCUCGUCAAGACUUCAGGAAAGCAGAGUUUGUUGUCAAUAUGGACCAAUCGAAUCAAGAGUGUGCAUUCACAGCGUCACGAGGAGUUCAUAGGUCGCCAAGAGAACAAGGGCACAAUAGCGGACCUGUACAGGCACAUGUUUGAAAAUGAUGGAAAUGAGGAAAUACCUGUGGGAAAACCCUGAAAACAGCCGUUUAAUCUGAGUGGGACAAUUCUAAAUGGAUUAUUACUGUAACAGUGCCGAAGGCAGUAGAACAUUAAAUCAUUACACAGAGUGCAGGUUAUGAUUCUGAUGUUUGCUGGAAAAACUUAAGAGUAUAGAUAUUCGUCUCAAACGUCCAGUGUUUCGAAGUAUGUAGAUGCAGACUAUAUUAAUUGGUCGCGACCUAAUGGAAUAAUGUUAGGGUUGUAAGCAUGGCAACAUGAAAAUCCUAUCACUUUAAAACUGACUGAAAAAACACAGCUUGUCCAAAUAUGCGUGUCAAGCAGCUAGUGGUUUUUACAUGAAUAUUGUUUAUGAUGUACAUAAUACAUUAUUAAGAAUUUUGGCUUGAAUUUUACAUUUAAUUAUAUGUGUAUUAUUCUACCUUACAAUUGUGUUAUAUGUCAUAUGUUGUAUGUAACAAGCGAAACAAUGCUAA